AUGGAGGCUCUGCACAAUCCGGGCCCAGUGUUGGACCGAAGCAUGAUCCCAAGAAGAGAAAGAACGCUGGCGGCAAAUGACGCUGCAAAAAGAAGCAAAAGACAAGCCUUGAGCUCUCUCUCUUCAAGAAUGAUGCAACCAGGCCCAAAGGAUGGGAGAGACAAACUUCUGGGCCCGAUGUUAGGGCAAAAAAUAGGAGCAGGGGCCGUCUUGGGCCACCUAAACUCAACCUUCGAAUUGGCAUCGCAGGUUCCUGCCUUGAGAUUGGAAGUUGAUGGAUGCUUAAUCCCAUCAGCAGGCAGCAGCGGAGGCGAAAUCUUUAGUGUGAAUGGAAUUAUAUUCACAUUCACCAAUGAAUUGGACAUCCCCGGACUCACUGUGAAGCAGGCAGAAGAAUUGUUCACAUUUGGAGGAGGAGAUCUACAAGCAAAAGGUGAAGAUCCAGCCAGCCAAAAAGGAUGUGUCCUCGCUCUUAAAUUCACAUUGAAGGGCCGCGUUUCGCCACCAAGAAUGAUUACAAAUAGUAGAAAUUCGAACAAUACUCGUGCUUUAGAGCUUCAAAGAAUGUUAAAUAAAGGUCCAUUCAAUUUCACCUUGGUUCGCAGAUUCGGAAACUACCACGAUGAAUUAGAUGCAUACUGGACACACAGAGUCAGAGUAUGUGCACAGGAAGGAAUAUGGGCUAUCUACAACAAUAUCUUGUCAACCAGAUUGGGCCAAAGAUUCGAGGCAUGGAUCAAAAAUCCAGCAAAAGCACUUCCUCACGAACCUUGGAUGGCAGUAGGAACCCCCGCGGAAAAUGAGAUUCAAAGAUACGAGUCGCAUGAAGCCAGAAACAAUUUUGAGUCUAUGGCAGAGUGGGAAAUCGUACUCAGCGCGGCUGUUAUUCAUGACAUCGCAGCCUCGGUCAAGCUGAACGAGCAAUACUACAAUUGGGAUCGAACAUAUGAAGCAAUUGUAAGGUAUGUAAAGAAUGAUUAUGUUCAACUUGAGUUUAAUAUCCCAAGUCGUGGGGAGUUGUCCUUCCCUUCAAUUGGUGGAGGGACUCGAUUUCUCGUUAGAUAUGGGAGAUGCAUAACAGCUGAAGACUCUAAUGCUGAGUUAGAGAAUGACGGAGACGAAAUUGAAAAUGGUGAGAUCUCAGAGGAAGAAGAGAUUGAAGCCUCUCCAGGUGCUGCUAACAUCACUAAUAGCCAAGAAGGUUUUGAAACUAAUCUGAUAGAUAAUGAAAAAGGCGAGCAAGCAAUUUAUAAUUCCAGCGAAGAUAAGGUUGCCGUCCAGGAUAUUGUGAUUGACGGUAUCAACAACGUAGAAUGGACCGCUCAAGUUCUCGUGGCCAAGGAAAAUAAGCAAUUUGUCAUUUCUUUCAUCAUGCCUCAAGGUAAGAAAAGAAAAUUUCACGUAGGAAGCAAAGUCGAUGUUCAACUGAAGGUCUUGAACAAUCACCUUGCUACAACACGACAACUUAAAGCUAUUGGUAUGAUUGCCGAAAAUAAAGCUAGGGACGAUACUUACAGACGAAUCCUCCAGAGAUUCAUAAUCGGUGAAGGUAUGGCUGAUGUUAAAGAUGAUAUUGAGGAUCACCUCCUUUCUUUAAAAGAAAUCACAUACAACAAACUACCACUACUCAACCAAAAAAUAUACGACCAGUGGCUUGAAAGUUGCAACCUUAACCGUAUGCAACGAGAAGCAUACGACGCGGUUAUCGAGGAUGUUUUACCAGCUACAAUCAUUCAAGGUCAAUCCGGAACUGCGCCCAAACUCCAGGCCGAGGUCAAGGAAUCAAAAGAGAACUUCGCGAUUAUCCACUUCCCAGCUAACGCAUCCACAGAAAACGACUUUAUGAAGCGAGACGACGAAAGAAAAGAUGGCCAAGAAGAUAAUCCCCUCGACGCCUACCGAAUCUCAAACCACGUCAUAAAAUGUUUCCACCGCAAAGCCAAUAAUCCGGAAUUAAGCAACACCAUGCGCACCAAAGCACGCAACUGGCUCGCGACGCUCCAACGAGUUCGAGAAGGAAAAUCCGUCGCAGCAGAACGAUUCGUCAAAGAAGGAAUCGCCGAAAUGGAAGAAGUUGUUCGAGACACCCAUACCAAAAUUAUCAUCUCCACUUGCAAUAAUUCUGCAGCGCUUCGCGAUUUGGGGUUUCAACCCCAGGUGGUGGUGAUGGAUGAUGCGUCUUUGGCGAGAGAACCGGAUCGUAUCAUCCCGCUUACGUUUGGGCAAGCUCAUGUUGUUUUGUAUGGAGAUGUGGAGAAGAAGGGGGUAUGGCCGGGGGUUAAAUGGCUGGGGAGUAAUGAGUUUGGUGCGCAGUUGUCGAGGAGUCUUUUUGAGAGAUUGGUUGGGCUGGGGAAUAUGGCCGUAGUGAGGUUGGAGUAA